AAAACCUCGGUUACUGCACUUUUACUACAAUAAAACCAUGAUUACUUUAUAUAAUUCAUAAGAGACAGCCUUUUACCGUUACUUGUUACUUGUUUUUACUAAUGCAUGGUCUUAUAGGCACUCUUUUGUCAUAAACUUUAUUUAAAACUAAAAUAGGGGACAGGGCCUGAAAGAUGCAUGUCCAAGGGGAGCCCACAUAAUUGGACGUGGCGUGUGUUACAGCCUCACAGGGGGUUUCUGACCGAAUGCACUGAGAAAUAUAACAUCUUCAUAAUAAGUCUGUGAAUGCAACUCAAUGCCAGAACUUUCUCCUGGACAAACAGCAAAUUGUUCUCCCUGUGAGUCUGUUUCUCCGUUCUAGAGCCCAAAAUGAGUCUGCUGACAUGUUCCGUCAAAACCCCAGAGACUGAGGCUGAGCGCGAGCAGGCCGGACUCCCCUCGGAGGCCCCGGGGCCGCUCACGCUCUAAUCUCGCUCCCAGCCUGGGAUCACGGGCCCAGAUUCCUCGCGUUUUCUUUUCGCUCCGAGCGUGCAAGACUCAUUGUUACAGGCUCAGCUCAAACACCGUCCUGUUAGUUUAAACCUCACAAAGGAUCAGCUGCUUCAACACAGUCAUACAGGAUCCUCCAGGUCUGUGGCAGCCGUAGAUCUGUUCCUGUUUGGUUUUUCCACAGGAAUGCGGAGAGGCGACUUUGCUGUGCGUAACAUUUGAGAACUGCCAUUUAAGUCUCACACUUAUACAAUAAGAUGCAAGAUUUGUGAACUUUCAGGGGUGUUGAAGGCAUGCGUCUUGUUGUUUGUUAAGGCGUAUAGCGCCCCUUACCGGUGAGAAGCAGUUUAUGUAUAACCUGCGUUUAUUUUACUUGUUCAUCAUUUAUGUCCAAACGUACAGAAAACUAUAAACAGGGAAACUAUAUUUCUUAAAAAAACAAAUAAUACAUUAAAACAGCAUGGCAUAAAGGUCUUAAUUUUGCAAAAUUACAUUCAUUUCUUUCUCACUCAUUCAUAAACCCGUGCCUGUCAUAUUCAAAUUACACGUAUGUGAUCCUGGACCACAAACCAAGUGUCGAGUUAUAAAAAAAAAAAAAAGUUACUAAAUGAAUAAUCAUUGAUGUAUGAUUUGUUAGGGUAGGACAACAUUUCGCUGAUAUACGACUAUCUGAAAAUCGCCUUUUAAAGUAGUCCAAACUCCUUAGCAAUGCAUAUUAGGCUACUAAUCAACUAAUCAAGUUUUGAUAUAGGCGUAUAGUAGGAAUUAUAGGCCACUUGAACAUCUUUCUUAAAGAUUACUUCCGUUCACAAAAGCCCAGGAAGUCAAAGUGAAUUGGUUUACCCACCAAUUGCUUAUAUGUGUGUUCUGUACAUUUUACUUUCACUCCCAUAUAUUUGCAUUGUUACCUAACAAUUUUAGUAAAAUAUUCUUAUGCAGAUUAAAUUUGACUGUUUCACUAUGAAUGUGCAAAACGUACAAAAAAGAGAUCAAUUUAUCUAAAUAGCACACUGAAAUAUAACGGUCUGAUAGUAUUAGCGAAAGGAUUAAAAAGUUUUUUUGUAUAAACGUGCACUUGUCAUCUAUAAAUGAACGAAAUAAAGCACCUUUCCGAGUUCAAAGUGAAAGAAAGCGUGUGUCCUACGGAAGCCGUGAGGACUCAACCCUACAGGCGGGUGAUGCGCAGCUGACGCGUUUUUCGACGCGAGGAAUCCUGGACGAAGACGAGGUUGAGUAGACUCGUUUUCAAUUUAGCGUCCUUCCUGUAUAUAAAGCCUGGGCUCGGCGUUACCCCGCUCGUCGGGGAGCGCUGUCGGAGCGCGGCGACUCGGAAAAAAUAUACAUUUAGUUAACGCUGGAGCUCUAGUUUUCUUUCGUUUAUACGCUUUGUGUUUUCACGAAACUGCCGCGCUAGCUAGCACUGAUCCAAUAUGGCGUUUAUGUUUAAAAAAAUGUUAAUUUGUCCCAUUUGUAUAACGGUCUUCGGUCCAUAAAGCAAAUUAUAUUAAAUUACACCACUCGAAAAGCAUAAGAACACUACAAAUUGCUGCCUAAUAUGAAAUAUAAGUACGAUCAAUCAGUGAUUUCAAAUAAUCAAUAGCAGAUUCACCAUUACUGCUGCUAUUACUGCAAUCAAAACAAUUAACUUGACAUCUAACGAGAUGGGCAGUUUUAUAGAGAUAUAUAGCUUACAUAUACUUGAACUAAAUGUGAGUAGCAUUGUAAAUAUCUAAAGCGUUCGGUUUGGCACCAGUGAAGAUAUUUUUUGUCCUUAUUUACUGAAUUCACAAAAAUAUUACAACGUGUCAAUAGAAAUUCUGCAGAUUUGUAGGUUAUCUUUGGCUUAGGCUCUUGAUUUAGAGUGAUGUGUAUGUCUGUCAGAUUGAGAAUAAAUGGAGGAGGAAGAGAGAGAUGUGGAGGAUGUUCUUCAGUCUGAAGAGAGAGAGGAUGCUCGGCCUGAACUCACAGGAGAUGGGCUGCAACACGACAAAAACUCAAAUGCUGAAGAAAAUGCAAAGCUUCCACCAGUCAUUCCAGCCUCAGAAACUGUAGCAGCCAAUCAGAAGCCUUCCACGGUCCCGACGCAAACAGAAAACUUAAUUAUACUUGACCAAAACGGACAUCCUGUUCAAUAUGAUCGCGUGGUGAUUUUGACAGGGGGGAAUGGACAAUUAUUUGGCGUCCCGUCUGUGUCUAUGGGGGCUGCUCAGAUGUUACUACCUCACGGUCAGCUGUUGAAUGUAGCAAAGUCAUCAGGUGUCUUUGUGGAGAAAAGACAGCAGACAAUCAUCACAUCCAUAAAAGACAGUGAUGGCACUCAUAGUUUAGCUGCAGUGGCAGCUCAGAAUGUCACUGGUGUUAAAAUUCAGAGGAGAAGUCCUUCUGAUGUGUUUGAGCCUCCAGUGAAGCCACUUCCACCAGGCACACCAAACUGGGCUCUGAGACUGCGCCGGUGUGAGAAGAUCGGUGACUCGUACCGUGGUUACUGUAACACAGAGGCCGAGCUGGAGGCCAUUCUGCUUCUACACAAGCAGCAGACCCACACGGUGUUUGGCACCCGGCAGUCACCCUCACCGGCUAAACCUGCCACCAGACUCAUGUGGAAAUCACAGUAUGUGCCCUACGAUGGCAUCCCAUUUGUUAAUGCAGGAAGCAGAGCUAUCGUGAUGGAAUGUCAGUUUGGUCCACGGAGGAAGGGCGCUCAACCCAAAAAAGGGUCUGAUCAAGAAGCGAAUCAAAACAUCUUCUACAAAGCAACCUGCCCUGCCAGAAUAUAUAUAAAAAAAGUACGAAAAUUCUUGGAGUACAAGGUUCCGACAGAUCCCAAAGUGGACAAGAAGGUAGUUCGGCAAGAGCAGGAGAAAGCCUUCUUCAACCUCAAGAAGACUUUAUGGGAUGUUGGAGGUGUUGUAAGGUAUUACAUCCAGCUCCCCACAGAGAAAGCCCACCUCUACCACGACGUGGACACUGCAAACCUGCCACCACUUCCAGAGCAGAUCUGCUUCGCAGAGGAACAACUAAAUGAAGAGGAAGAGAGAGAGGAGCUGGACGUCCUGAUGGAAGAUGAAACACCUCUGCCCUCUCGACUACACCCGCUCGUAGCAGAGAAGAUCUGCGAGUUGGUGGCACAAGGUCAUAGUGAGGUUUACACCGUCCGCAAGCAGCUCAGGUAUGACUCGGAGGCUUUCAAAUCUCCCUGCUUUCAUUUGCUGAAAAGCUAUUUACUGUUGCUUCGUGAACGCCCUGGCAGGAGGUUUGUGGAACGUGAGAUGUUCAAAUCGGAGGAAGUGCCUGAGAGACACAAUCUGUGUUACUUUCCCACCGUCAAUGACAUCAAGAACCACAUCCACGAGGCACAGAAAGCUCUUCAGAUGCCUGCGGGACCACUGGCUACCACAGACACAGAAUGGAAAGCAGAGGCUAAUAACUUGCUUCCAGAGACUUUGACCUUGACCCUGACUCCUGCUACUGUGGGCGUAUCCUCUCAGAAGGAAGGGCUCCUGGAAGGAAGCGACACUCUUUCUCCAGAGGCUGUUCAGCUCUUCAGCUCCCUCACCUCACUGCAGCCCAAGAUCUUUGCACAUCUCCAGGCAAUCCAGCUACAGCCUGCCUUGUGUCCAGUGGAAGCACCACCAGAAGCUCCACAGCCUGUCCUGCUGAGUCCCUCCCACUUCCUGCAGUCGGGUCCCAGUGCUGGGGAAAGCGUAGCUGUGUGCGACGGCGUGACUCAGCUGGUGAGCGUGGCCUCGGCCGCUGACGGGGGCAUAACACAAAUCCUGCUGGAGGACGGACAGGCCAUUCCUGUCCAGGUUGUGCACCCUGCAAACAUAAGUUUGACUCCCUCGGCGGAAGAAACUCCAGUAAACUGAGUGAGAGGCUGGAAAUACAGCAAUGGGGAAAGAAGAGGACCUUCUGAGCUCUUGACCGCUGGAGGAUUCAUUCACUGUAUCAUGUACAGUAUUAUGUAAACAUGGACUUGUAUGCAAUAUUGAUAUGUUGUUUGUUAGUUUUUUUUUUUAAUGAUUGCUAUUUUAAGUUAUUAUGGUGACACCAAGAGGACAAAAAAAGUCUAACUAAAUAAAUGAGACCAGAAUUAAAUAUUUAAAGGUUAACAUCUUUUAUUUCAGAGGACAUGGUUAUACACCGAACUAAGGCACUUUUGUUUAUUAUCUUUUUGAUUAGAAGCCUAAUGGAUCGUUGUGGUGGACAUUUUAGGAGGGCCGGUUUAUUUGUAGAAUUAUUUAAAUGCAGUAUAUUGCUAAUUGCUUAUUCAUGCUGGUUCUUUGCUGGUUUAAGCUGGUCUUUUGCUGGUUUAUGCCGGUCACGUCCUGGCAAAGGACCAGCUUAAACCAGCAUCCCAGUUUCAAAACAUUCCUAACCAGCAUAUGCCGUUUUUUUAAUAUUUAUCUUUUAUACUGCAACUUCCGCUUUAGUCAGUGUCAGAUGUUGGUGAUUAGCAUACAUUUAAACAGCCCCAGUGCACUUUUAUUUUUGUCCCAGGACAGAUUAGGAAAAAUAUUAUUAGUGUUAUCCAUUAGGAUGAAGGCAAAAAUUGAAGGAGGGAGCACAUGUCGUGUCUAUCCAGCAUUCCUCUGGAGCAGCCUUUAUUUAAAAAGACUGGGGACGUGUUCUCCACAUGCAGGCCAAAUGUACUUGACCAUGCCGUCAUAAUGACUUUUUCCUGCCAACAGAAGCCAGCGGUUCUCUUCUUGUUGGAGCUUUGCCUCAAAAAAAAAGCUGGAAGGUAAAUUCAAGCUCACUUCUUCUCUCAAAAGCGCAACAAGGGAUUUAGUUGGAAAUAUAUAUAUAUAUAUAUAUAUAUAUAUAUAUAUAUAUAUAUAUAUAUAUAUAUAUAUAUGAGACUAUUCUCUGGUAUAGAUCAGUGCUGGAAACACAUACAUUGGCGUCACCUGCUGGUCAGAAUUCUGUAAAUGAAUCGAAAACGCUGUCCAAAUCUGCAUGAAGGCACCUUUCACAAACCAAUUGCAAUAUUUGAGGUAAUUAGUCUUAUGUUUUGCCAUUAUUAUUACUAUUUAAUGAUGUUAUUAUAGAAGUUAGUGUGAAUAUGGAUGAAACAAUUGUAGGUUUUGUUGGUGCGAUCAUUGUCCGAGCAAUAACCACGGUUUUACGAUUACGCAUUCGAUCAUUUCACAACAUUAUCGUGCAUAAAAUCGCAUGAAGACUUUUUAGAUAUUAAAGUGUUAUUUAUUGCUGGCUUUUGGAACAUAAAUAAUACAGUUACCAACAAUACGGCACAAAAUAAUAAUAAAAGGCAAAGAAAUGUCCAUCUCUCCCACUGAAAUAAAAAAGGUGACCUCU